UAUGCACGCAUGGGUAAAUUUAAGAGCCCAUCUGCAAGAUUUGUGGAAAGCAUCUGAGGUAGCUUGCAAAAUUAUUUUUUAAAGAUGAAGAAAUAAUUAUUAAUUUAAAGAAUGGACUUUUUGCAGAUUUUUUCUCUCUACGUUCUCUGCGUUUCAUUGAUGAAAUGCAGAGGAGAAGAGCUGAAUCUUGAAACAAUACUUAAGCUUAUAACACCAGACCCUUCAGAUAAUUCGCAACAAGUACCAACGGGUGAGUUUUCCCGUUUUCGAAGAAGUCGUAUUCUAUCAGCUGACGAAGAAAAUGAUCUAAUGCAUAGUGAUAAAAAAAAUAUUAAACGCGAUGCCAAUGAAGCUGAUGUUAAAACUUUUUCAAGUGCAAAUUUGCCAAAUUUAGAACCAAUCAAAAACAAACCAGAACAAAUAUUACUAAAGUUAAAAGACUCUCAUAAGCUAUCAAACAUAAGUAAAAAUAGUACGGUUGAUAUAAAGGAUGCGUAUCUUAAACACGAAACAAAAGGAGUUGAAAAUAUAAUGAAAAACGAUCUAGAGAAAAACAGCAAAAAAAGCACAAUGUUUCACGUACAAGAAUACCAAAAAAACCAGAGAGUCAUUUUAGAGCUUAAUAGUUCCUUAAACUCUACAUCAAAAAUAGCAAAGGAGAUCAAGAAAGCUAGCAAAGAUUUAAAACUAAAUCGUAGAUUUAAAGUACCAAAAGGAGAAGAUGGCUCAGGAUCGGGAUCUGGUAGUGGAGAAGAUGAUAAUUUAGAAGAAAUAAUUGUGUCCGGAAGCGGUCAAAAACCAAAUAAAAAAUCAUUAGUGGGUGCAAAAUUUGUUUUUAAAAAUGUUACUAAUGGUCACGAAUUAACUCUUAAUGAAGCCGCUUUUCUUUCUAACCUAGCUGAAACAGGAAGUUUAUCUGGUAGUGGCUCAGGAUCAGGUGAUACAGAUGAAAUGAGUGGAGAUGAUGAAAGUAGUGCAGCAACCAAUUUAAAAAAAAUUGUUCAGGAAAAUGAUGAAUCAACAAAAAAAUCUUCAGUUAAAAACGCAACAGUUGUCAAUAUUGAUAAUCCAAGUGCGCUUAAAAGACAACUAAAAGGAAGCAAUAUUGUUUCUGCUAAUAAUGCAAGAGCAAGGCAAAUUAAUGUCUCUCAAACCUCAGAAAAUGUACCUUCAACAAGUUUAAAUUACAAAGAUAAAUCAACAACUGUUAAUGGUAUAAAAAAUGAUAAUGCUACAAAACCGAUAGUCAUUACUAAAAUAUAUGACGUGGCACAUAUUAACGGUAUAAAGAACUUAAACCAAUCAAAUCUUUCAAGUAGCAUUUUUUAUCCUGUAAAAAAAGAUUUUAUUGAUAAACCUGCUAAUAAUAAAGCAAAAGAAUCUCCGUUGUUAAACUUUGAAAUGCUAGAUGAUGAUCCAACUCCAUCAAAGAAAAAGGAUGAAUUUCCUAUGAGCCAAAAAAAUAUCACAAGUGAAAAUGAAGAUGAACUUCCCGGAAGCCAUGGUUCAGAUUUUAGUGAAGACGAUAUACAACAGCUAUCAGAGAGUGACGAUUUAGAUUUAAUGUCAAGUACUAAUGGUAAAAAGAAGGAUUUACUACCUCAAUUAUUUGCGAACAUAGCUCCUAGCAACACAGUUCUUAGCAACAUAGUUAACAAAUCGGAUCUCGAAAAUAUUCCUUUAAACAACAUUUCUUCGAGCAAAAUAUCUUUAGAAAAUUCUACACAAUUUUUAAAUGCUACUUCUGCUACUGAUAGAAGUAAAGUUGAAGAAAAACCUUGGAAAACUAUAUACAAUGACCAAGAUCUACCUGGGAGCUUUAACGAAUUAAACAUGACGGAGUUUACUCCAAUUAACGAAGACGCAAAAGUCUCCAAUAUAUCAAACGAUGUUGAGAUGAAAAUAGCCAGCUCAAUUGUUUCAUCAUUCGACGCAAGUAUGAACAAAAAUGAAAAAAAUAGUACUACAAAUGAAAUUUUGCCAGGUGAUUAUGGUGAUGAGACCCCAUUAGAUGAUUCGGAUAUAUCAGGUAUGUUUGGAUCUGCAUCAUCAAGUAUUGAAACUGGGGCUUCAGGUAGCGGAUCAGGAGAUUCUAGUGAAAAUGUUGUACAUAAAAUGCUUACAGAAGUAGCAAAAACAUCUACAAAUAGACUCCGAACUCCUUCUUUUAAUGAAACUAUCAAAACGAAAAAAAAUCAAGCACUUGAAGUUUUAAGUACUGAAAAAAACAUUACGGAAACUUCAAACAAACAUGCAAAAGCUUUGAAUGAACAAACAGAAGUAGUUAAAGUCCAGAACGGCGAAAGCUCAGGUGAUUCGUUAUCAGGUUCUGGAGAAGAAAACGAUAUUUUCUCAGCGUUAAGUGGAUCAGGUGAAAGUAUUUUAACUGAUACAUCCAAAAUCACUAAAACCGAGCAGAAAAAAAUUGCAUCAGUAAAACCCUCGAAAAUUUCUCAGUCUGAACAGAAGAACACUGCUCCCACUAAUCAGGAAACAGAAUCUGAACAGAAGAACACAGCUCCCCCCAACCAAGAAAAAAAUUCCGCUAUAAAACAGGAAGUAGUUGAUAAAACUAAACAGGAAAAAAAUCAAAAUAAACAGGAGAGUGUUAAUCCAUCUGAAAUAAAAAAAACUGCUCAAAAAGAGCCGGAAAAAAUUGAGUCAAAAACUGAGAUUGAGAAAUCAGCAGAUGCCACAAAUAUUAAAAGCGAAGUUAAUGGACAAGUAGUUUCACCAAAAAUGUUUCAUUCAAACUUAACUGUCCCAUUUCAGUCCCAGUCUUCUACUCACUCUGUUGAGGGUGAUGCAACAUAUCUAUCUCCCGAAGAAGAUACAUCUGACGCAGAAAGUGGAGAAACCCCAAUAAAUAACGCUCUAGAUAUUGAAAGUGGAAGCGGAAGCGAAAGUGGUAGCGGAAACAAAGUUAAGAACACCCCAAUUCCUUCUCAGGUUGUAGUUAAAGCGUCGCAAAAUCAUGUUUCAAAAAAGAAAACACCCGAAACCGUUAAUGAUGUUAAAUCAGACGCUACCUUGGAAGCUGAAUACGAUGCCGCUCAUGGUUACGCUGCUUCAGAAAAACCCAAAAUGAAACCAGAUAAACCAUUAUCUCAAAGUGAGAAAAAUUCUAAAGCUUCCCAAAGGACACAAACGUCUGAAGCCGACUCAUCCAUAAAUGAGAAGUUUGAUGAAGACAGCGUUAAAGAGGCUGAAGAAGCUGUGGUUGAGGAUAUUCACGCGGGAAUAGAUACAAGUCACGAAGACAAAAGACCCCAUAAAGCGCAUCAUCAUCACCACCAUCACCAUGCUUCCAAACAUGGAAUGGUUGAAGGUAAAACUGAAGAGCAAGUUUGUACAGACAGACAAUUUUGUCCAACAACGACAAUGGCAGUCCCAACUCCUCACAACAAGUAUACUGAUCCUAAAGUAAUGCCAUAUGAAGGUGACAUAGUGACCGAAGCUUUUCUCGAGCAUUUGAUGGUCAGUCAGUUACUUGAACAAAAUCUAAAUCUUUUUUACACAAACAUGGCUGGUAGACCGGGAGAACAAGGUGAGCCAGGAAGUAAAGGACCAACUGGGCCACCUGGGCACCCAGGUUUAAACGGAUAUCCAGGACCACCAGGAGAUCCAGGAUCAAUCGGUUCACCAGGGAGACCAGGACCUAGAGGACCAAUAGGAAUACCAGGUUUACCUGGUAUGCGAGGUGAAAUUGGACAGUUAGGAGAACCUGGUUUAAGUGGUCCACCUGGAACGCCUGGACCACCAGGGCCACCAGGAAUGAGAGGCUAUGCUGGCGAACCAGAGUCAUUUCCAAACUGUAGUUACGUAUGCGAGGGAGAAAAAGCUUGGCUUCAAUGUAAACAAUACGAACAGAUUAAAAUACUUCGAGUAUUUUGGGGUCGUGAAGAGGAUCAAGUGGGCAAACGUGCAGUAAUUUGUCCGAAACCGCCACAUGGUUUAAGUAUAAAAUCACCAUGUGAAAGUAAUGCUCAAAAUUCUCUUAAAAAGGUCAAUGGUCAAUGCAAUUUACAAUCAGGAUGUGAAAUUGUUGCAUCAAAUAUAUUCUUUGAUGACGACACUUGUGGAAAAACUUACAAGUAUCUUAAGAUUUGUUACGAAUGUAUACCUGACGAAUCUAACGCAGUAGACGUGCUGCUUGAAAAAAGAAAAAGAAGAAAGAGAAAAGUGAAAAGAGGCGGGGGCGAUUAUUUAAUUGAUGAACGAAGAAAGAGAUCCUUAUGGGACGAAGAUGAUAUACCUAGCGUACCAAAAGCAAUUUGGAAACACCCAUCCCAUCAAUUGAACCUACCUCAUAAUAGCUAAUACAAUCACACUAAAAACGAGAACAAGUUUUAACAAUCUUUUAAAGAACUUGUUUCGAAUAAAAAUUUCGCAAAGAUUAUAAAGUUUAAUCUAAAAAGUUUUCCCGGCAAUUUUGUGCAGGGCAUUUUGCAUACUUCAAUUCUUGAUGCAGGGUAUCUUGCAUACUUCAAUGGUUGUUGAAUAAAUUUAUCAGCCGUAUCAAGAGCAAAAGAUGGCUAUAAAUUUUCAGUUUGAACAAAUAAGUUUUGGAGACAACAAAGUAAUUAAUAAAGUUGUUAGCUUCAUAUUUGUGCAGUUUAUUUAGCAAAUUAAGAGCUUUUGUAGCAAAUAGCAACUAAAACAUUGUAAACAAAUUGUUAUAAUCUUUCAGGAGCCUGGUACUAGUUGAGUUUAUUCUUUAUACACACAAAAAAAUAAUUAUUAGAAUGUAUUUUUUGUAAACAGAUUUUUUAUAUUGUAAAUAAUACGCUUUUAAUAUAACUACCGUCAUAUAG